ACUCCAUUUAUCUUUCCGUAAUUUGGUGAAAUUUUCCAAAAUUUGCCGAAUUUCUCGCUGCCAAUAAGCAAUGGUAUCGAUCGUUCCAUCUCGGUUCGCUGGGUUACGAAUAGAGGACGAUGACGACGAUUACGUGAGACCGAAUCAGAAGCAGAAAAAUGCAUCCAAUCAAAAGACUGCACCGUCGGUUGCAACCGGCAGCAAGCAGAAACAGGCCGGUAAUAACCAACAACAGCAAAAUAACCAGAAGAAACCAAAGCCGAAAAAGCCCAAAAAGUCAAAUAAUGAAGCCGCACAGACUGAGCAGUGGGAUAAAUGGCAGGAAAAGGAUACGGAAAUAGUCGACAAUCACUUCGAAAAAGAUUUAGAACAAGCUCUACUGAUGUCUAAAUUGGAUUUUGAAGCAAACAAAACAAAGUAUCAGAAAACCGAACGUGAAACUAAACAGGCCUCAAAAUCCAAGAAAACGAGGCCACUAUCUUUGCAACAAUUCCAAACUAAAGUCGACAAAGACACUGUCGAGAAGGAAGUUCUGCGGCAACGCAAGGAAGAGGAAACCGAGUACAACCGGAAGUUUACCUUCUUUGAACAGAUCGAUCGGGAAACGAAGCAAAUCAUUCAGAAGGAACAGUUCAAAGCAUUGGUUGCGAACCGGGAGUAUGGUACUGAACAAUCUCUGACGGAAGAGGACGACAAAUCUGAUUCGCCUCCACCUGAAGCAACUGAAGUGGAUCUUCUCAAAGCAGAGAAUUCCGCCCUGAAAACAGAACUGGAAACACUUCGAGCCAAGUACAAAAAAAUUUACUCGGUACUGAAGAGCGGAGAAAUGAAGGAUAAAACCGAACUCUUGGUCGAGAUUGAGAAGCUUAAAAAGACUCGGGAGGAUAUGACGACUGAAAUGACGGCACUCUAUGCGCAGUUAGAACAGGAGAAGUCCAAGAUGGGCUCGACGGGGCACGAAAAAGGUAAGGAAAAAAGUGCUGGCCGCAAGUCUGUUCGAUUCGAUGCCUCGUCUGAAGUACAAAACGGAAAAGGAGAAUAGGUUGCUCGAAAACCGUUCCACAAACUGCUGUUCCUUUUGCUUAUUGAUUUUUACCACAUGUACUGAAGUAUGGACGAAAUGGAUCGUUCGGUAUUACUAAAAUUUCCAGGAAUUUUAAUGUUCUAUCAGUUAGGCCCUUGUAGUAGUGCAAAAAGAAUUAAAUGUAUGGAAU